AUGCAUUUCUUCAUAGGGUUGCUUCAGGAAGAUGUCUACAUUUCUCAGCCCCUGGCUUUGUUGACCAUGCUCGUCCUUAUCAUGUCAACCACCUUCCCAAAUCUCUCAUGGUCUCAAACAGGCUCCCGUGUUGGUUCAACUAGAUCAUAUCUUACUUUCACUCAUCCUGAAAUUUCCUUCACUGUCAACAUUGUUGCUCAGUAUAUGACUUCUCCUCGUACUACUCACAUGAUAGCUGCUACGUGGAUUCUCUAUUGUGUUAAAGUUACUUUAGACUUCGAUAUUCAUUUGCAUCCUCAAACUACUUUUGCUGCUCUAUCUACUUAUUCUGAUGUUGAUUGGGCGAGUUAUCAGGAUACUAGACGCCCCACUACUGGCUAUCUUAUUUAUCUGGGUUCUAAUCUUAUAUCCUGGUUCUCUGAAAAGCAACCCACUAUUUAUGAGUGUGAGUAUCGCUCUCUUACUCAUGAGUGUGCUGAAACCAUUUGGAUUCGCUUGUCCACUCCUAUUUGA